AAUCGUUAACUUCCGGUCUCCGUAUUGACAGCUCUGCUGACAGCUAUUUAUAUACGAAUCUAUGUGUCAAGGACGUCUCGUUUCCUAUUAUUGUCACUAACAGCAUGCGCUUCACACGACAUUGUUGUUCCAGUUUCAUCGAGCAUAUACGAUUAGAGAAUAGUACGUUUGGAAAAAUUGGAGAAAAAAAGUUCUGGAGUUAUGAAAAAACAAUUUCUGUUAACCCUUAUGAAAAUAAUGUGUUGAUUUCCCUCACUGUUUUUGCUCAGGAAUCAUUCAGCCAGGAUGAUUUUUCGGAGCAACGUGUGUGAACGAAAAAAGAAGAAAUCGUGACAACUAAUACUAUUUCUUAUCUUAAAUAAUUUCGAUAAUUGGCAUGGACCUUUUUCCAUUCAUUUUAACUCAGAUUCUAUUGAAAAUAACACAAAGUUAUGACUCUUGGAAUAAUCACACGUGGUUUGACCUAUGUGCUGGAAAUAAUGAAGGAUUCUUCUUCAUCUUCGUAUAGUAUAAUUCCGAUACAUGAAAGACCGGAUUUAUCUGAGGAAUGCUGCAGAAUUAUCAAUGCCGAAUGGCCAGCGAGUGAAACCAGACGUUUGAGAACGUUACGAGAAUCGUGUGAUGAAUUUCCAACAUGCUUGGUUCUACUGAAAGGCGAGAAAGUCAUUGGUCAUUGCAAAUUGUCACUCGUACCUAGUGAAUUUCACAGUUGUUUUCUGGGCUCAGUCGUGAUAGACCAUGCCUGGAGAUCACAAGGUUUGGGUUCGCUGUUGCUUCGAGGAGCAGAGGAGUACGCGGCGAAGAAGAGGAUAGAAAAAAUCUAUUUGACAACUCAGGGUCAAGAGGGUUUUUACGAAAAAAAUGGUUACGUCGUUUGUCCGCCUGUAAAUAUAUGGAACUACAUUAUUUUGCCAACGGCUUCAACGACUCCGAUAGCGAGGAACGAGAACAGUGGGAAAAAGGAAUUUUUCGGUCCCCCACCUCCUCCGAUGCCAGUCGCGAAAACACCAAUGGCUUCCGCAACAACAUCCAACAAGACUUACAUGGUUAAACAUUUAUAGCCAGAAUUUCAGUACAAUUAUGACGAAAACAAGAAUUGACAUUCAUUUUGGGGAUUCGAAUCGGAGUGAAACGAAUGAACAAAGAUGAAAGCACACAAGUGUGAAAGGAGCAUUUGGUUUUCUCAUAGUAAUAAGAAACUUUUCAAUGUUGAGCGAAUUCCAAAUGUUUAACAUUCGAUAG